CGUGCUUCGGAUGAAGAUGGUGGUCGCACUGCCGUGAAAGUUGGUAAGUAUUUGUCGCCGAUCUUUAAUAUUCCCUAAAAAUUUUAAAAAUUCGAUAACCAUAUUAACAUUGUUACUUAGCUGUUCGAGUACGACCGCCGCUAAAGCCUACCGAUCCUGGUUUUGAACUCAUUCCGCAGCGAUUCCAACGAUCCAUGGUCCAAACAACCUCUAACACAGGUAUUGCCAUUGAUGCGCCACAAGGAAAAAAGCUGUUUGUUUUCGAUCGUGUUUUCGGACCCGACAUUAACCAAGAAGGAAUUUGGGAAUACUUACAAGACAGUGUCUCUGCUUUUCUUCAGGGUUACAAUGUUUCCCUUCUGGCUUAUGGCCAAUCCGGCGCCGGAAAGUCCUACACAAUGGGCACGUCUGGGCCCGCGGAGCAAGGUGAUCUUGAGGUAAUGGGUGUGAUCCCGCGAGCUGCGAUGGCUCUAUUUGAGAAGUUGGACGGCCCCCCACGAAACUCGAAUCGCAGUUCCAUGUCCCAGCUCAGAACGCCUGCGCGAUAUUCGGUACAAUCCCCUGCACCAAAGGCUGAAAAAGACUGGCAAUUGAAAGCAACUUAUGUAGAAAUCUACAAUGAACAAUUGCGCGAUUUGCUUGUACCUGAUCACCUUCAGCCAUACGAACGAAGCAACGUUACUAUUCGAGAAGACCAAAAGGGUAAUAUCAUCCUCACUGGCCUACAGCAAGUCGAAAUCAAUUCCGUGGACGACUUGAUGAAUGCUUUGAACUUUGGUUCUACAAUCCGACAAACCGAUGCGACCGCUAUCAACGCCAAAUCUUCGCGAUCCCACGCCGUCUUUAGUUUGAACCUAGUACAGCGCAAGAGCAAGUCGCAAAGUAGCCAAGGAGCUAACAAGAGAUUUUCCGUUCCACUAGAGGCUAUGACCGGAACCGAUACCUGGGUCACGACUGACAGCAAAUUGCACUUCGUCGAUUUGGCCGGUAGCGAACGUCUGAAGAAUACCGGUGCACAAGGAGAGCGGGCCAGGGAAGGUAUCUCUAUCAAUGCUGGUCUCGCUGCUCUCGGCAAAGUUAUAUCUCAGCUCUCGUCCCGACAAGCCGGGUCUCACGUCUCCUACCGUGAUUCGAGAUUAACCAGGCUACUUCAAGAUUCCUUGGGUGGAAAUGCUAUUACUUACAUGAUCGCCUGUGUAACGCCCGCAGAAUUCCACCUAAGUGAAACUCUUAACACGGUACAAUACGCACAGAGGGCCCGAGCAAUCCAAAGCAAACCUAGAAUUCAGCAAAUCGAGGAGGGCGAUAAGCAGGCGAUUAUUGAGCGCUUAAAGGCUGAGGUAGCAUUCUUGCGCGAACAGAUCCGGAGUGCGGAACGUGGUGGGGGCGAACGACGCAAUGUUACGACAAACGAGAGGUCCGAGCGACAGAACGAACGGGAGACGGAAUUGCAAAACCAGCUCCUGGACGCACAGGAAAGUUAUAACACCCUGAGCCAACGACAUGCUAAGCUCAUUGCCGAAAUGGCAAAGGCCAGAGAUAACGAAGAAGCUGAGAAGUUAUAUGCAGAGGAAAAUGUUGAUGAUACAGCAACAGAGAGACUGAAUCGCUCGAACUCUUUCGCCCAGGCAGUGGAGGGAGUUGUCCUGGAGUAUGAAAAGACGAUUCAGACGCUUGAACAGUCUCUCACUAGUACACGGACCACCUUAUCUAACACAGAGGCUAACUUACUCGAGAAGGAGUCCAAGUGCGCUUACGUUGAAACCAUCAACACCCAAUUGCAAGCUCGUUUGCAAAAACUCAUGGAUCGUGAAGUCAACACAGAAAGCUACCUUCAUGACCUGGAAGCGAAGCUCGACGGCCACACAUCUGGCGAGGAGAAAAAUGCCACCAUCGUUCUAGAAUUGCGAAAAGAAAUUGCGCGUGUCAGAGAAAACGAGGCAGCAUGCGAGGAUUACAUUUCUACUUUGGAAGAAAGGCUCGCCGAGUCAGAUCAAGACCAAGAAAUCAUGCAACGAGAAAUUGAUCGCCUUGAGCAAGUCAUCGAACGCCAACGAAGCCUCGGCAAGCUUGACAGUCUUCUUUACGAACUCGAUCAUGUCCAGCAGGAUAAGCAAUCCGAUGCUCAGUCUGAGCAUAGUAAUGGCAUCGGACACCGUCGUACCUACUCGGAGCGAUCGGUCAAGAGCCAUGCCAGUCGACCAAGCCUAGGUGUUAGAGGCGUCCUGCCCGAAGUCGCCGAAGGCACUGAAGAAGACGCGAGUGAGCAUGCCUACUCGGAGGAGAUCCCCAAGGACACCCAGGCGACCGAGAAACCUGCAGGGGAUAUAGAUGAAGAAUCGAUACCUUUAGACCAUGUGCCGCAGAGUCCAGCGCAAAACCAGUUUGUUGCUGAUAAGCUCGAGAACGUUAGUGAGGAACUCGUUGCACUACGUGUUGAACAUGAAUCGACCCUCAACGAGUACGAUAUGCUACACGCCAGGUACGAAGAAACCGUCCGCGAAUUAAGAGAGCUACGAGAUCAAGUCGACGAAGCAAGACACCCCAAUCAUCAGCGCGAUUCUCUCCUAUCGGUCACUUCCCCGAACCUGACAAGGCCCUCGAGUUUUUUAUCCGAUCUGAGGUCCAGCGACGCCAAAGAUGGAACACACUUGUCGCGAUCGCUCUCCUCGGAAUUAUCCUCAGCUAUGGAUUCCCCUACUACUACCGACAUUCCGGAGACUGAAGUACCGAAAGCUACCGAGUCAAGGGAAACACUUGUAGCUGAAACGGUCAGCAAUGACAACAGUGAAGCAUUGGCUGCUGAGCUAGAAAGGCUCAAGUUGUUGGCCGACGAGAAGCAAGCUGCCGAGAAGGAACUUGCCGAUAAAUAUGCCCAGCUAGAAGAGAAGCACCAAGAGACGCUGGACAUAGUGGAAGAGUUGAAGACUGAGGUGGCAAAGGCCAAAUAUGCGGAACCACCCUCUCCACGAACAGCAACGCCAGUAAUUCGUCGCAAGUCUAGCCAAAAUAUGCUGGUCAUUGACCGAGCACAUCGAUCGUUCGCGACGCUGAGAAAUCUCGCCGCCGAGAAUUUCGAGGAGCAGCCCGACAUCAUGCAGAACUUUGACCUUAAUCUUAACGCUGCUAUGCACGAAUUGCAUGCUAGAUCCGAGCGCAUUCAGGAGCUUGAAGCUGACGUAGCUACUGCCAAGAAAGAGAUGGAGAUAAAGAUGACUAUCAUUUCGGGAUUGACGCGUGAGAGAUCCAGUUUGAAAUCUAGUCCCAUGGACAUUUCGAUAGUUACAAAUUUAAGGGAACAGCUAGAGAGAAACGAGCAGCAACUCAAGGGGAUGAAAGAUGCUCACGCCGCUCGCGAAAAAGAACUCUUAGCCGAACUAGAAGCCCUGCGUACAUCAGUCGGUGAUGCUGCAGAAGUUCAAUCGAUGUCCGUUGUGCAGACCCAGAGCCAGGGUACUCAAAACGGUGAUUUGCAUGCUGCCCAGGAUGAGAAGAUUGCUCACCUUGAAGCCGAGCUUUCCAGCUGGGAGGCCAAGCAUCAAGCUGCCUUGGAGGCUAUGCAGACAACAGAAGUACAGAUGAAGAAGGCCAUCAACGACCUUGAAUCGGAAGUCGCAACCGUUAAUGCCCAGCUGAAUGAGUCUCGAAAGCAAGCAAGGGGCGACGAGGAAUCUAAAGAAGCGGAGAGCGAACACGAAAAUCUCAUCACUACGCUUCGUAGCGAAAUCAGUGGGUUCAAGGCAAUUAUCGACAGUAAUGUUGCCAAGGUUGCUGAACUGGAGAAAGCACAUGCUCUAGCCAAGGAACAACUCGAUGAAGCCUCUAAAGCACGGGAUAUUGCAUCUGCAGAAUCUCGCGGUUACCAAGGUCUUGUUGGCCAACUUGAGGGCCAGAUCGCUGAACAUGAGAAGACUCUCAGGGCCCAUGAAGAGAGCCUAGCCCAGCUACACGAAGAGCAUGCUAAGGAAGUUGAAGCGAUUAGAGCCAGCUCGAAGGAAGAAUACGAUGCUCAAGUCAAUGAGCUCAUGCUGGAACAUGCCGAAAACGUCAAACUAUUGGAAAGUGAUGCUGCAGAGGCGCGCGAUGAGCUUAUGAAGGUUGCUACCCAAGUCGCUUUUGCGCUAGGCCUUGAAGUCAGUGUGGAGAAGAUCAGUGAACGUAUUGAGGAUUUGAUCGCGGACCAAAAGGCUCUAAGUGUUGAACAACAGAAGUCAACCGAGCUAGAGAGUCACAUAGACGAACUGACAGCGAUCAACAAUACGAUCAUGCGUGAUCUAGAAGCCGUGAAAUCCUCCUUAAACGACAUGGUUCACCUAGAGGGGGACAAUUUAAAGAGUCCCUACCCCUCCGUUUUGGAACAACUUGCAGCUGUCAAGAAGCGGAUGACCGAUCUAGAAAACAGGAAUAAGAAACAUUCCCGUCUAGUGGAGGAACUGGAGGACCAACUCCAGACUAACUACGACCAAGCCCAGAUCACGAACAAUCGAUUGUCUACUUUGCAGACAGAGCGUCACAUGCAAUUAGAGGAGGCCAACACGGCUAGAGCUAAGGCGCAGGCCGAGUUGGAGACCGUUCGGGAAGAGAUGGCCAUUCUCCAGGCUCGCAUGGACGAGUUCACUACCAAUGUCGAUGGACCAAAACGAACCAGCUCAACGAGCUCGCAAGUUCGCAAGACAGCUUCCGUCGUUUCCUUGCCGUCUCCUCCACCUGCCAUUCCACUCCCACCUCUGCCCCCUACUGGUGCGACUUCACCCACCCAGGGUGUUCCGCCCACCCCAACAGGUGGUCGCCCUACAAGCCACGAUUUGGCUCUCGCCCAGAUUCGGGAAGACCAAGAAGCUCGUAUUCAAAGCAUCGAGCGACACCUUAAAGCUGAGAGGCAGCUUACUUCUACUUUAGAAGAGGCCCUAACUGAUCUCGAAGGUCAAUCGAAGAAGAUCAAGGCCGACUGCGACGCGUGGAAGAAACGAGCGCAAGAGCUGGAAACAGAGGUUAAAGAACUUAAGGAGCGACCGCAACAAGAUAACCGAUGGCGCGAUAGUCUUCACCAGAUCGAAGAGGAGCGUAAGAAGCGCCAAGACGCCGAGAGGGCUAGAACCCAUCUCGAGGAGCGCAUGAACGCGAUCAACAACAAGAAAAAGAAGAAGGGUAGCCUCAACUGCUUUUAGUCACAGUGUUGGCGCGAAUUUCUUAUAUAUGCCCUUUUAAUAUUCGUUUCGAUGGUGCUAACGUGCCUUCUACACUCUGGGUUCGUUGGCCGUUUCAUCAUCUACUUAGGAUCCCAAUGUGUCCGGCUAUUUGAGCAGGUGGUCUACAUCUUGCAAGGA